AUGGGGAGCUCAGCGGUUGCAUUGGAGGACAUACCGUCAGUAGACAUCAUGACGGAGCUCCUCCGCCGCAUGAAGUGCGCUCCCAAGCCUGAUAAACGCCUUAUUCUCAUUGGUCCACCGGGUUCUGGAAAAGGUACCCAGUCCCCUAUCAUCAAGGACGAGUACUGUCUAUGCCAUUUGGCUACUGGUGAUAUGUUGAGAGCUGCUGUUGCAGCUAAGACUCCUCUAGGAAUCAAGGCUAAAGAAGCUAUGGACAAGGGAGAACUUGUUUCUGAUGACUUGGUUGUCGGAAUAAUUGAUGAAGCCAUGAAGAAGCCUUCAUGUCAGAAGGGAUUCAUUCUUGAUGGUUUCCCAAGGACAAAGGUUCAAGCAGAAAAGCUUGAUGAGAUGCUCCAGAGGCAGGGAACUAAGAUUGAUAAGGUGCUAAAUUUUGCAAUUGAUGAUGCUAUUUUGGAGGAGAGGAUUACUGGUCGGUGGAUCCAUCCUUCAAGUGGUAGGACCUACCACACAAAAUUCGCACCUCCCAAAGUUCCCGGUGUUGAUGAUGUCUCAGGAGAGCCUCUAAUUCAACGGAAAGAUGAUACUGCCGAGGUUCUUAAGGCAAGGCUGGAGGCAUUUCACCGGCAAACUGAACCCGUCAUAGACUAUUAUUCCAAGAAGAGCGUAGUUGCAGAUCUCCAUGCAGAGAAGCCCCCAAAAGAGGUCACUACCGAGGUUCAGAAAGUCCUAUCUUCUUAA